AAUCUCUAGGGUUAGGUACUUUUGUGGCGGGAAGGCAGAACACAUCAACAAAUCUCUCUCGUGCUUUCUCUGCAAGCGAGAGGAUCAAACCCUAUAUUUUUCUUCCAAUGUCAUUCCUCGAAGACUUCCAAGCCAGUCUAGAAUCAUUGCCAACUAUAUUGCAGAGAAAGUAUUCGUUGAUGUGUGAUUUAGAUAAAAGUUUGCAAGAAAGCCAGCGUCAAAAUGAAUUACGUUGUGAACAAGAAAUAGAGGAUAUUAAAAGAGGAGUUCAGUCUGGUAAUAUCACACCGGAUACUUCACUUAUACGAUUCUCAGAUGAUGCCCUUGACGAGCAAAAGCACUGCAUCAGGAUUGCUGAUGAAAAGGUUGGCUUGGCGAUCCAGGCUUAUGACUUGGUGGAUGCGCAUGUUCAGCAACUUGAUCAAUAUAUGAAGAGACUUGAUGAAGAGCUCAGAAGAGAAAGAGAUCUUGCUGGUGCUGGUGGGGUUGCUGCACUGAAUUCCGACAUUAACGUAAAAUCUGGAAGAGGAAGUGAAACUAGCAAAGGAGGGCGUAAGAAGACACGCUCAGCUGCAGCGGCGACGGUGGCAGCAGAUCCACCAAGCAUGGAUUUAGACUUGCCAGUAGAUCCAAAUGAACCAACAUACUGUUAUUGCAACCAAAUCAGCUUUGGGGAGAUGAUUGCAUGUGAUAACCCAGAUUGCAAGAUAGAGUGGUUCCAUUAUGGCUGUGUUGGACUGAAAGAUCCCCCCAAAGGGAAGUGGUAUUGCCCCGACUGUGCCAGUACUAAGCGUCGGAAAGGCAAAUAAACGGCAGAAUUUGUUCCAGUAAGUUGUGGUUGCUUGGUUGGUCAGUUCGGUACUUAUGGAGAAAUAAUUUCUUCGCGUCCUUUAAUAAUCAUAAGGAUUAUCUUGUGAUGUUCCUGAAGGCAGGCUUUAUUAUUCCUAGAUUGUAUCCUCCAAGUUGCUUCUGGGAGAAGUCUGAACUUUGCUGCAGCUUAUUGAAUUCUGGAAUUUUCUUGUUCUUAGGAUUUGCUGUGGAUAGUGGAGGUCUUGAACUAAACCAGAGCAUGAAAGAUCAUGACCGGCAGGGUGCUUUUACACAAUAACUGCAUUUUAUAA